AUGAUACAACUAAACCAAUUGAUUUCCGUGCUUAUGGUUGCCCUAUGGCAAUUCAGUUCCAUUGUGGGAGCCAGUGAUUCAUCCUCUACAUACUCUCCAAUGGUCUUAGCCUUGUCACCUUUCACUACUGAAUGUUUAUAUUAUGAUCUUUUGAAAGAUGAUGAUACUUUAGUGGUUAGUUAUCAAGUCUUGACUGGUGGUAACUUUGAAAUUGAUUUUGAAAUUACUGCUCCAGAUGGAUCGAAAUUAGUGGAGGAAAAGCAAAAAAAAUAUUCUGAUUUCCUUUUGAAAUCUUUCGGAUUGGGUCAAUAUUCUUUCUGUUUCACUAAUUCUUAUGGCACCAAUGUUAAGAAAGUAGAGGUCACUUUAGAAAUGGAAAAAAAGAUUGAUUCUUCUGAUAUUAAUAAUGAAGAUAUGAUUGCCUAUAAUGCAGUAGAAGAGAUUGAAAGGAAUUUGAAUAAGAUUACUAAGACUAUGAAUUAUUUGAGAGCAAGAGAAUGGAGAAAUAUGUCAACUGUGAACUCUACUGAAUCAAGAUUGAUUUGGUUAUCUUUAUUGGUUAUCGGUGUUACCGUUGGGAUUAACAUAUUGGAAGCUUUUAUCAUUCAAUUCUUCUUCAAUGGUCGUCAAAGGAACUUCGUUUAA